UCCCUCCGUCACAUUGGGACGGUCUGGGGUGGUGGGGAAGGCCUCGUCCCCCCCGCUCGAUCGGGCCGGUCACCUUUGGACAAACAGGGCGCCAUGAGCACGUCCAGCAAGGCCAGCGGCCUGAAGCCCCCCAGUAAGAUCGUCCGUCCGUCCGGGCCGGUUCCUCCAGAAAAGUCCCCCAGCGGCGUGACAUCGCCGACCCAGGACGGGAGCGCGGACUUCCAGGUCGGCGACAGGGUCUGGGUGAACGGCAACAAGCCCGGAUAUGUGCGGUUCUGUGGGGGCACGCAGUUCGCCCCGGGCCAGUGGGCGGGCAUCGAGCUGGACGAGCCCAUCGGGAAGAACGACGGCUCGGUGGCGGGCGUCCGCUACUUCCAGUUCCAGGCCACCGGCAUUAAGACCAGCAGUAUGCUCAGCCGAAUGGUGACGUCCAGCGAGUCGGUGUCCAACCUGUCAGACCCGGACUCCAUGAAGAAGAGCCGCCGGGAGCUCAGGCUGGGGGAUCGUGUUCUGGUCGGGGGCACGAAGGCGGGAGUCGUGCGGUUUCUGGGAGAAACGGACUUUGCCAAAGGGGAGUGGUGUGGCGUGGAGCUGGACGAGCCUCUGGGGAAGAAUGACGGGGCCGUGGCGGGAACCAGGUAUUUCCAGUGUUUGCCCAGGUACGGCCUGUUUGCUCCCGUCCACAAAGUGACCCGGAUCGGCUUCCCCUGCACCACCCCCACUAAGGCCCAGAGCUCACGCAGGAGGUCCACCCUCAAGAGGAGCCCCAGCGCCUCCUCCAUCAGCUCCCUCAGCUCCGCCACCUCCUCCAUCAGCGGCAAACCCAGCCGGGCCGGACUGCUGACGGAGACGUCUGCCCGCUACGCCCGUAAGAUCUCGGGCACCACGGCGCUGCAGGAGGCCCUGAAGGAGAAGCAGCAGCACAUCGAGCAGCUGCUGGCCGAGCGGGACCUGGAGAGGUGUGAGGUGGCCAAAGCCACCAGCCACGCCGGAGAGGUGCAGCAGGAGCUGGUUCUGAUGAGGAAGGGGCGGGAGCAGUACUCGGUGGAGAUGGAGGCCAAACUGGACCAGCUGCGUUCGCUGGUGGAGGCUGCAGAUCGGGACAAAGUGGAGCUGCUCAACCAGCUGGAGGAGGAGAAGAGGAGAGUGGAGGACCUGCAGUUUCGAGUGGAGGAGGCCUGCAUCACCAAAGGAGACCUGGAGACGCAGACCAGGCUGGAGCAUGCCCACAUAAAGGAGCUUGAGCAGAGCCUGCUCUUUGAAAAGACCAAAGCUGAAAAACUCCAGAGGGAUUUAGAGGACACUAGGGUGGCCACGGUGUCGGAGCGCUCCAGGAUCAUGGAGCUGGAGCGGGAGGUGGCGGACCUCCAGCUGCGGCUGCGGGCGUCCCAGCAGAAGGAGGACGCCGCCUCUCUGUCGCAGCAGCAGAUCGGCAGCCUGAAGGCCCAGGUCCAGUCCCAGGAGAAGAAGGUUUGUGGGGAGCGGGAGAGAAAUCCCUCAGUGGGUAUCAGUGAGCUGAGCGUGGACCUGGAGAGCAAACAGAAAGAGCUCCAGUCUGCGCAUGAGGACAAGAGCUCUGUGGAGCAGCAGCUCACCAGCAUGAGACAAAAGCUGGAGGACUCGGCGGAGGAGAGCGGGAGGACGGCGAAGACCAUGGCCGGCGCGCCCCCCCCCCGGCUGCUGGAGCUGGAGCAGAGCGUGGAGCGGUCAAAGAAAGAGCUGCACACCCUGAAGGAGGAGAGCGAGCGCAGAGAGAAGGAUCUCAGAGUACAGCUGGCACAGCCGCGCACGGCGGGACGCGAGCGCCGAUGGUUCAUUAGAGCUCCGCUCGCGUUCGGCCGGGCAGAGCAGAGGCACGGCAACGAGGGGUGGGAAUGGACCUGGCAACCCUGCAUCCUCAGGGGUACUCCGGCAGCAUCUACUCCCCCCACUACCAGGUAUUCGGAGUCUCAUUCUCUUAAUAGCCCUAAUUUUCACUGUUAUGCUUUCUGUGUCCAGCUCGAGGCUUUGAAACAGCAGAACUCCAAAUACCAGGAAGAGCUCAGCCUGUCCAGGGAGCGGAGCAGCUCGGAAAACCAGCGGAUCGGAGUCCUCUGCCAAGAAAUUGAGGAGUUGAAGCUGGCCUCCCAGAAGUCUCAGCAUGUGGACGAGAGCAACGAGGAGCGCCGCGGCACAGACAUGAGGAGCAGAGAAAACAUCUGCAAUCAGGACCCGGAGGGGGGCUCCCAGAAAUCCACCGGAGCCCUGAUCUCAGACAAAGACCGCGAGCUGGAAACACUGAGGAACGAGCGCAAAAACGAGGAGCUGAAGAUCAAGCUGAAGAAGCUGGCGCUCGCCGAGUUCAACGGCAACGACGGGACGGACGGGUUCGAGCCGAGCGCGGCGCGGCGUGAGAAGAAGGCUCCGCCGCGGCUGUUCUGCGACAUCUGCGACUGCUUCGACCUGCACGACACGGAGGACUGCCCCACGCAGGCGCAGAGCCCCGACUCCGGGCCGCACACCGCCUACCACGGUCGCCGUGCCGACGAGCGCCCGUACUGCGACAUCUGCGAGGCCUUCGGACACGACACCGAGUCCUGCCACGACGACCAGACCUUCUGAGCCGGUCAGCCCCCGCCUCCCCCCCCAAACCCCCUAAAGCAGAUGGCCCCUAACCUAUUUUUCUACUGUAUUUAUGCAUAUCACUAGUAGCUACUGUCGUCCAAAUAAGCUGCUUCAGUGCAAUAUCGAUGUUCAAGUGGGAUCUCGUGGUUUCUAACGCGUUGAGGAAGAGGAGCCGAUUAGCCUCGUGUUCUGUUUCUAGGCUUUUUAUGUCCAUAAAAAACAAAGAGAUGCAACACACAGGUCAGUUCAAACCGAAGGGAAAACGAAGGAAAACGAACCUCUACGCUCACACUUCACCACUCUCCCGAGCAGAGGGGCGGUUGUCAUAUAUUUUUUUAAAACUCAGAGCAUUUAAAACAAAAAUAUUUAUUUGGUUGUGAGAUUGUGCUACCAAGUGUUGGAGUCACGGGGAUUUUAUGGAGAGCUUCUUUGGAUUUUUAGAGGAAAAGUCUGGAUAUUUUGUGCAGAAGCAUUACAAAACAUGAAGCUUUAACAUUUUAAGGAAACAUUUCAGAGACAAAAAGGGAAUAUUUUGAAUCGGGAGUUGGUCAAAUUGAUGGAAGAGAGUUAAUAUGAAGGAAAAGUGGUACAUUUGGGAGGAAUUCACUGUGUAAAUCUUUAAAUAUAAUUUCAGUAUACUGAAGCUCGUAGGGAACAAACUCCACACAUGCCUUUUCCCACAUUAUUACAAUUCUGCUUGCUUAAAUCUCUCUUUUUAACCUUGUAUUUAAAGUUAUAAUUUUUGUAAUAUUGCACUUUGCUUUCACACUUUGGGAAUGACAUCACAAUAUUAUGAUGUUGUCAUUUUAUAUGUCCGAUUUUAAAAUAUUGUGAUUUGAUCUUAGUUUUAAAUACUUUUUCUUUCCAAUCUCACGUUUAUCUAUAAAUGUAAGACCUGAAAUCCCCCAAACUUGAGACUUUUAAAUCUUAAACCACAAUAUUAUAUAAUAAAUAGUCCAAUUCUUGGUUUUACUUGAUCUUAGGCAUUGUACUUUGGAAAUUGUGCUCUCUAAUUGAAGUUUAAAACUUUAUAUGCAGGCUCAAGAAGCACAAAAGGGAAUAAAAAGGACACUUUGUGGUGUUGGCUCUCUGGAUUUUUUAAACAUUAUAAAUCAGUAGUUUGGUUAAAGAAACCGCUCUGAAGACUUUAAUCGUAACGCUGCAGUACAAUUUCCAAAUGUUUCGCAUUUCCAUGAAAGCUUUAGGGAUUUAUCACCUGGUUGGUUUUAACGUUGGCCCACAGCUCCAAACAGACCUCAUGCUGACGCGUCAGGAUCGUUUUUGUGUACUAAACCCGCCUGUUGUUGCCCUGAAAUAAAGCCGCUAAGUCGCAGAGGACCUGACGUUGUUAAUAACGACGUCAUGUCAUUUUGUUGUUCACUAGCCAAUGAUUAUUCUUGCAGGGAAAUAAGCUAACACUGAUUUAUAUAGUCUGUAGAAAGAGAGGGGAUCGCCCAGAUUAAACUAUAGGAGCCGCUACUGACUUAGUUUUGCACUCUACACUUUAAAGAUUCAAGAUUGAAGGAACCUACAAUGACGUUGAUAUUAUGAAGUCGUUGUCCCCUGAAGCUGAGGUGUGACAUUUAGGUGAUAGUGCUUAUUCACUUUGAUUUAGACAAACCGGCAGAUACACCCUUUUCUGUAAGGUACUGUGAUUAAAGUUUUAUUAUUACCCGAGUAUGACUGUAUUGUACUCAGCUGAGCACAGAUGAAAAUCACAUUACUAUGUAGUCAUUUAUUAUGCACUAAAAACACUAAAAACAAUGAACGCACUCAUGCAGGAAGGUCUCAUUUAAACCUUAAAAUACCUGAUGUAAAAGCACAAUUAUACUUAAACUUGAACUGAAGGGAGUGCUUACAUGAAUAUUGUCCUUCAAGACACAAUACACCACUAAAAAACUAUUUAGUUGCACAAAGUUGUUUCAUGUGGUGAAACUUGAUGUUUGUGUGAUGCAUCAGGUUAGCUUAGAUUAGCUUAGCACAACAGCUAGCCGCAUCCUUACACUAACACAAUCAAUACCCACUAAAAAUCAUUAUUUUCAUUCACAGUUGUUGUUUUUUUUACUGAUAACAGACAAAUUAUUUUUAAAAUGAUGUCAAUACUAAAUUUUAUUGGUGUACCUUUAACCAGGCCAGCCGUUCACCCUGUAAAACUUUGCCUUUUAAGCUAACUAGCCGCGAGCUUAGCCUUUUACUUAAGCUAGGAGGUGGAUAAGCAAUUUUGCUAAAAUGUCAAACUUUUCCUGCCAUCAAUCUUCUGUAGCAACUUCUAUUUGACUUAUCUUGCUCUAAAGCACAGUUUUGGAUCAUAUUGAAUCUUCCCAAAUAGCGGUGUACAUAAUUCGUGAUGCAACAUAGUAGUUGACACCAGUCUUUGUAAAUGCUAAUCGGAGGCCUCCUUCUCGUGGGUGUUUGGACAGUGCCAUGGAGCAACAGAUAGCUUUUAUGUGUGCUGCAUUUUAUUUUUUCUGCCUGUCGAGAAGACUGAAAUUUACAGAGGUUUGCACUUCAGGGGAAAUCAGCCCGUUUGUACAGACUUUAAACGUUGAGUUCUUUAUAAGUGAUGAGUCUUAUUAGUGUAAUGUUUUAUAUGUACCAGCUUCAGACACCAUGUACGGUUUAAAGCCUUUUACAGAUGUCGAUGUGGUGUAAAUGUCACUGUUUUCUAUGUACUGUAUACUCCUGAACAGUCCGAUUUAAAGAUUAAGAAAGAACUUCUCUGUUGUGUGUCUGGAUUUCUUCUGACUCUCAAACUUCACUGAUGUCUGAGUAACGUCGGGGUAUUGUGGUGCUGGAAGUGUAACCU